AUGGAACAUUCAUAUAUCCAAAUAACUGAUUUACCAGAUGAGUUGCUUAUUAUGAUAUUUAAAAAAUUAAAUAAUAUGCAAGUACUUCAGUCUGUAUUGGAUGCUAAUAUACGGUUCAAUAAAAUUGCACGUGAUUCAACAUUUACUAGCCGUUUAACAUUGUUUCGAUGGUCAUCUGAUAAUUUUAUCUAUCCACUAGCUGAUUCAAUACUUGAUCGAUUUAUUAUACAAAUAAUACCUCAAGUUCAUCAUAAUGUCAAAUGGCUUGGCAUUGAAUCAUCAUCACUGCAGCGUAUCCUUCUUGCUGCCAAAUAUCCUAAUUUGAAUGGACUUGUUAUUUUCAAUAUUAGCGAAGAGAUAACUCAACGGUUAUUUACUGAGGAAAAUCAAUUAACUCACAUAUUCAAAUAUCAAAUAACAAGAUUGGUUAUUUCAAUUUGUGACAGUAAGAAAGACUACUGGACAGAUGAAGAGCAGAUAAGUGUUUUUACACGAAUGUUAAAUGCGUUUAGCAAUAUACGUGAUUUAAAAUUGUAUUCACCUUCAAACUUAUGUGUUGACCGAUUAUCAUUCAAAAAUCACCGCCCAACUUUCUUCUCGUCAACUCUACUGGAAUUUCAUGUCCAUGUUCAAUCAUUUAGCGAUUGUCUUUAUUUGCUCGAUGGUCGUUUUAAUCAACUUCAUACGUUAAUUGUGACAAUUGAUUGGAUUUUAACUUCACAACCAAUGAAUAAUAAUAGAGAAGAAUUGCCAAAUCUAACGUGUUUUUCACUGACAGUCCUUUCAAACGUUCAUUUUUAUGAUCAAUCAGUUUUGCCACUUCUACGUCGAAUGACAAACUUGAGAAAACUUGCCUUGUACAUUGCAGUUGAUUAUUAUGAAAAAUUUAUUGAUGGAAAUGAUUUGAGAAAAACUAUUAUCAAUCAUUUACCUCGAUUGAAUGAAUUUGUGUUUAACAUUCGGUCCAUUAUUUAUCUUAACGAUGAUAUUCAUUUAUUGACCAAUGAACAAAUUCAAAACACAUUCACAAGUUUCGUCAGGAAUAAAAUUAUUUCUUGUGUUGAUUUUUUUCCUAAGGAAAAAAAUGGUCGAUGUCAUAUUUAUUCACAUCCAUACACAAUGAAAUAUUAUCACGAUAUUACAAAUAAUUUCCCUGGUGGGUUAUUUAAAUGUGUUUGUGAAGUAUCGUUAUUUGAUGAGCAACCAUUUGAACAUGAUUUUUUUCUUCGAAUUUCUCAAUCAUUCCCAUUUAUGGAAAGAUUAACUUUAUCUAAUUUCAAAUCACAAAAAUACAAACAACAUACAAAAUCAACAAAUGAUAUAAAGGAUUGUUCAAUUAUUGAAUAUCAUCAUCUUACUAAAUUGGUUCUACUUGAUGUUAAUCUUGAUUAUGUCGAACAAUUUUUAGAUAAAACGAAAACAUCUUUCACCAAUAAUAUAUUUCUUACUAUAAAAUCUUAUCUAUUGGGAAAAGGAACAAACUAUUUUACAAGAAGUGAAUUGCGAGCCAAUUGUGCUAAAGUCUAUGGUUUGAAUAUUUUCGGUGAAUUAAAAACUCGUAAAAAUCUCAAUGCAUAUUUUCCUAAUGUAAAUAAAAUACAGUUUUCAUGUUGCUAG